AUGACGCUUGCUUCAAGGACUAUCUUGCCUUUUUGUUCAAGAACCUUCUUAUCUCCUUUACGUGUGGCUUCUUUACUCGUUUCUCCUGAGAAAUCCUCCUCCACUUUCUUCAGAAGGGUCCAUGUUCAUCAACUUUUCUCCACUUCCACUACAACAACUCGUCUCUUCUCCUCUGUUAACUGCUCAAUUCAAUCUACUUCCACACUUGAGGCAGAAAGUCAAGCUCUUUCUCGCCCUAACGUAGUCGAUAUUCUUGAAGAAAGAGGACUACUAGAGUCAAUCACCAGCGAGAAGCUCAGGUCUGCUUGCUCUGAUCCCAACGUAGCUCCUCUAAAAGUCUACUGUGGGUUUGAUCCAACGGCUGAGAGUUUACACUUAGGUAAUCUCCUUGGUAUCAUUGUGCUUUCUUGGUUCCAAAGAUGUGGACAUCAAGCCGUUGGUUUGAUCGGUGGUGCCACAGGACGUGUUGGUGACCCGUCUGGUAAAAGUCUAGAAAGACCUGAGCUUGACGCCGAUACACUGGAGAAGAACAUUUCAGGGAUUCAAAACAUCAUCGUCAAGAUUCUUGGUCGCAACCCGAUCAUGUGA